AUGACAGUUCAAUCACAGCAACAAUCCCAGGCUAUUCCCGUCCUUUCUUCCCAGAAUGGCACUGAACCCCAAGACGCAAACAAGGAGGUUGUUCAGAAUGUCGCUGCCAAAGGAGUGCAAUACUUCAACCCUGAGCAACUUCCUGCACCAGGUCUCGGUAUAAACGGUCCCAAUAAUACUCUACCAAAGGUCUUUACACCCAUCAAGAUUCGCGGCAUGACCAUGCCCAACCGUAUCUGGGUCAGCCCCAUGUGCCAAUACAGUGCCCGUGACGGCUUUCAGCAGCCUUGGCACUUUGCCCACUACGGCGGACUGGCCCAACGUGGCCCUGGCCUCAUCAUGCUAGAAGCUACCGCAGUUCAAGCACGUGGCCGUAUCACACCUGAAGAUUCUGGCAUCUGGCUAGACUCUCAUGUUGAGGGACUGCGAAAGCACGUCGAGUUUGCCCAUGCCAACAACUCUCUUAUCGGUAUCCAGAUUGGCCAUGCUGGUCGCAAGGCCUCCUGCGUUGCUCCUUGGUUAGACGCCGGACUUGCCGCUGAAAAGGCCGCUGGUGGAUGGCCCGAUGACGUUGUCGGACCUAGCAACGAGCCUUUUGCUCCUGGCUACCCUACCCCCCGUGCUAUUACUCUUGAAGAGAUUGAACAGUUGAAGGAGGACUUUGUUUCCGGUGUUCGUCGAGCGGUUGAAGCAGGAUUUGACACUAUCGACUUCCAUUUCGCUCACGGUUAUCUUGUUUCCAGCUUCCUGUCCCCUGCCACCAACAAGCGUACCGACAAGUACGGAGGUAGCUUCGAGAACAGAGUGCGCCUUGCUCUCGAGAUUGUCGAGGCUGCACGAGCUGUUAUGCCUGAGGACAUGCCCUUGUUCACUCGCAUCAGUGGAACUGACUGGCUGGAGAACAACCCUGAGUACGAGGGAGAGACCUGGACUCUUGAGCAGAGCAUCAAGCUUGCACACCAGUUAGCAGACCGUGGUGUCGAUGUUUUGGAUGUUUCCAGUGGUGGCAUCCACAAGAUGCAAAAGGUCGCUGCUGGUCCCGGUUACCAGGCACCUCUUGCCAAGGCGAUCAAGAAGUCAGUUGGAGACAAGAUGUUGAUCAGCACUGUUGGUAGCAUCAAGAUAGGUACCCUUGCGGAGGAGAUCAUCGCUGGAGGAGAGGACGAUACCCCCUUGGAUCUUGUGGCUUCAGGCCGUCUGUUCCAGAAGAACACUGGACUUGUUUGGUCAUGGGCUGACGAUCUGAACACUUCUAUCCAGAUCGCUCAUCAGAUCGCAUGGGGUUUCGGUGGCAGAGCUAAGAAGAACGCUCCCAAGCUUGUCUUAUGA